AUGAAUCCCGUUCCAGAAGGGCACGCCAGCGCAGUGGAGGCUGGCCUACAGCCUGAAGGCGACUACGAAGACGACUGCGCACCAUUCGGUGAAGGCGCCUAUCAGGUGCGGAUCCUCCUCAUCGCCGUGGUAGCCGGCGGAUUCUGCUACAUCCAGUGGGUCUUGUUCCGGCUGUCCUCACGCGUGAUGGACCACUGGUGCAGCCGCCCGCCGGCCUUCCUCAAUGUGAGCGUGGACGAAUGGAAGAAGCUUGCCAUUCCCCGUGACGCCAACGGAACUUACAGUCGCUGCACCGUGCGCGAGCCUCCGAAUGCGGGGAUCAUAGCCCGCGUCGUGACCUGCUCCAGCUGGGAGUUCGACCUGGGCGAAUACGGCAAUACCAUCGUCAGCGAGUGGAGCAUCGUGUGCGAGCGCAGGCAACUCAACGACAUCGCUCGGGCCGCACACUACUGCGCCACCGUGUUCUCGCUUCUGGUGGCCGGCCAGGUGGCCGACCGCGUCGGCCGCACGACGGUCGCCAUCGUCGCCCUCGCCGGUUUCCAGCUGACGCUCUUGGGCAGCGCCCUGGCCACAGACUUCCAGACCUACGUGAUCAUGCGCUCCGUGACUGGGGCGACUGCCGGCUGCCUGCUGCCUCUUUACGUCAUAUUGUACGAGGUGACGACGACGCCACGACGGUUGUUCUACUGCGUGCUCGCCCCGGCACUCUCCACCAUUUUCGUGCCAAUAUUCGCCUUCCUGAUCGACUUCUGGAAGAUGAGCUGGUCCUCCUCGCACUUGAUGCUCGCCGUGUCUGCCGGCGGGCUACUGGGGACGUUCUACAUUAUCCACGAGUCGCCGUCGUGGCUGUUGCACAUGCAUCGCACUCAGGACGCCGAGAGCGUGGCGCUCAAAGCGGCGAACGUCAACGGUGUCUCGCCCAGCACCUGCCUCGAAGCGCUGCGGAAAGAGAUGCGGAGGCGCCACUGCGAUGAACCGUGCGUCGAACCGAAUGUCGAAACCUCCUGCGUCGACAGUUGCGUCUGGGCGUCCAGCUUGCGCAAGCGCACGAUACUGCUCGCUGCGAGCUGGUUCAUCAUCGGCUGGACACACAGCCACUACACCCUUGAUCGAGGCAUUCAGGUCAGCGACUACGUGCGCAUAGCCACGUACCUCGGCAUAGGCCCCACGUUCAUCGCUAUCUGGAGCUUCCUGCAGCGUGGCAAGGGUGUCAAGAGGGUCAUCGUAACCUUGACUCUUGUCUCCAGUUCAUCGUCGAGUGUUCUUUUCUUCAUGUACGACCUAGGAGCAACGUUUCCCACGAUGGUCGUUCUCACCAUAAUGCGCCUGUCAGUCACCGUGUCUCUUGCUCUAAUCUUCUUCCUGGCGCUCAAUAUCUACCCGAUUCAGGCACGCUGCACGGGCCUCUGCACAGGCUUUGCCGCCUGCACCAGCGGAGAAGUUCUGGGACACUUGGCAUUUCAUCGCCUAUUGCAAAGCGGAGAGGACCCUGCUCUCGUCGUCACGUCCAUCCUCAACGCGGCAGCCGGGUUCGCCGUCUACCACAUCCCUGCGGAAGUGAGCUCCAUCGCGGUCGGUGCGCCGGUGGCGACUACGAACAGUGUCUCCGGUGCUUCCCAGGUAGUACCAUCGUCCGGGGAACGCGCGCCACUCGCCGAUGGCACCCGAGUUGGACAAUAUGCUCAUGAAGGCUUGAGCACAGUGUCUGCUCAGAGCCUCGCGGUAAAGAAGCGCCGCCCGGGAUCCGAACCAAUGCCAGAACAAUUCGCCGUACGCCCGUCCAAGAUCUUCCGCGAGCUUCAAUGA